AACAGUAGGUGGCGGUAGUGACUCUUCUGCCAAUAAUCAAGACGCAGAAGAAAAGGACCUGGCAUAGGAGAUAGUCGCAUGAACUGAAUGAGAAGUGAUCGUUUCAUUUUCUAAGCUAAUACAUCCGUACAAAGCCAUAAUGGACCUAACUGAACAGAUCAACCAGUUGGAGGCAGAUUUGCAGGAGUUGGGGUCAUUUUUGGAAAAGUCACAGAGGAAGAGAGGUCAGGAUUUGCUUCAGCAGGGGCAGAAAAAGGUAGAGAAGGAACUUGCAGCCAAAAAACAACAAAAGGAGCAACAGGCCAAGAGACAAGCAGAUGCACCCACUGCCUCCAAAGCAACUUACACAGUCAAGAUUACAAAUUAUGCCUGGGACCAAUCAGAGAAAUUUGUCAAGAUUUACCUCACUUUAAAGGAUGUGCACAAAAUCCCAUCAGAAAAUGUGGAGGUCAGCUUUACAGAAAGGUCGUUUUCUAUCUUGGUGAAAGACCUUGGUGGAAAAAAUCAUCAGAUGACAGUUCUGAAUCUAUUAAAUUCAAUUGAAGAAAAGGACAGUUACAAGAAGAUAAAAACAGAUAUGGUCUUGAUCAUGUGCAAGAAGCAGACGUCACAGAAGUGGGAGUGUCUGACAAAGGUGGAGAAGCAGGCUAAAGAGAAAGAUAAACCCAGUGUUGAUGACAAGGCCGACCCCAGUGAUGGUCUGAUGAGUAUGUUGAAGAAGAUAUAUGAUGAAGGAGAUGAUGAGAUGAAGAGGACCAUCAACAAAGCCUGGUCCGAGUCUCAGGAGAAGAAAAGCAAAGGAGAAGAAAUGAUGGGCCUUUAAUUUUUUUUUUCCAGAACUUGUGGGAUCAUACAGUUAAAGUGAACAUCAACAUUUUGCAAGUUUCAGUCUAGAAAAUAAUUCUCUCAAUGUUAGACAUGAAUAAAAUAACUGACAGUGUCUCUCUCAUGUUAAACUGAUAAACUGUUAUUUUAUACAUUGACAUUAACAUUUGUCCAUGUCUUUCGACAAGUGUUGCUGAAACGGACUUAGUCAAAAUAUUACAGUUUGUACACUUCCAUACUUAAACUAUUAACAGAACCAGUGCACUGCAUAUGCAUUAGUUUAAUGUAAUUCACUCAACAUUAGUCCAUAUAAGGCCUAAUCUUAGUGAUUGCUUUAAUUCCUGCAUAAUUACAUUCAACAAUCAUUCCAUUGUAAGACGAUGGCAUUGUGAUUUCAUCCUUUAAAACUUGUGAAUAUGUAAAAAAAUGUAGUUUUUCCUCACUUGUUAUAUUUUUCACUACCCACGGGUUCUUGAUGGAGUUUAAACAAAUACAAAUCAUGUUUCGAUCCCUCA